AUAUAGAGCAUGCAAAUUAGAAGAGGUGACAUUGGUGAAAGUCAUUAGUCAUGGAUAUGUCAAGCAGCAAUAGUUUAAUACUGGUCCUGGUGUUGUUUGCAUUCUGUUGUGAAAUGCAAAUGAUUGCAGGAAUAGACUAUGUGACAUGCACCUCUCUUGGUAGCCCAUGCUUUGGGAAGAAAAGGGAAUGCCCUUAUGAGUGCCCUCUUAAAUCACCAUCUGACCCAAAAGCUAAAGUCUGCUAUAUUGACUGUUCUUCUCCCACCUGCCAAACUUAUUGCAAACGUUACAAACCAGACUGCAAUGGUCGUGGAUCUGCAUGCUUGGACCCUCGCUUUGUUGGAGCAGAUGGCAUUGUUUUCUACUUCCAUGGAAGGCGCAACGAGCAUUUCACCUUAGUAUCUGACGCCAACCUCCAAAUCAACGCCCGUUUUAUCGGUCUUAGGCCUGCCGGUAGAAGCAGGGACUAUACUUGGAUUCAAGCAUUGGGACUCCUCUUUGAUUCCCACAAGUUCACUGUUGAGGCCACCCCAGCUGCUAACUGGAAUGAUGGAAUUGACCAUUUGAAGUUCUCUUACAAUGGAGAGGAACUUGUCAUCCCAGAAGGUUACCUCUCUGCAUGGCAAUCUCCAGAAAAUCAACUGAGAGUGGAAAGAACAUCAAGCAAGAACAGUGUUUUGGUUAAUCUGCCUGAAGUUGCAGAGAUAUCUAUCAAUGUGGUUCCUGUCACUAAGGAAGACAGUAAGAUCCACAACUAUCAGAUUCCUGAUGAUGAUUGUUUUGCUCACUUGGAGGUGCAGUUCAAAUUCUAUGGUCUAUCCUCCAAAGUGGAUGGGGUUCUUGGAAGGACUUAUCAGCCUGAUUUUCAGAAUCCGGCGAAGCUAGGUGUGGCAAUGCCAGUAGUCGGAGGGGAAGACAGGUACAGAACCUCAUCACUUCUUUCUGCAGAUUGUGGUGAUUGUGUAUUUGCUCCUGGUCAGGCUUCAGAGAAGAAGAACUCCAUGAUGGAAUAUGGUAUGCUGGAUUGCACUGGUGUGGCCAACGGUGGCAAUGGAAUAGUUUGCAGAAGAUAAAUAUAUGAGUUGUUGGAAGUUGUAAGUGUGAUAAGAUAAUAUUUUCUUUCUAUUGGGAAAAAAUAAAUGUACUGUGCACCCUGAUUUCUUGUUUGUAUUCUUGUUGAAUAAGAAGUGUAAUCUUGUGUUUGUUUAUUUCAUAAAUAAAUAAAUAUUGUUGUGUCAA